AUGGUUCGCAAAUUAUCAUUCGAUGGUCAAUCAAAUGACAUUUAUACUUCAUCAAAAGAACAAUCAAACACACGAUCAGAAGCACAAAAAGAACGUGUUUCGACUGCAUGCACUUAUUGUCGAUAUAGAAAGGUGAAAUGUGAUGGUGGAAAACCUUCUUGUGGUUUUUGCAUUCAUAUGGGCCGAAACGAAUGUGUUUAUGCAAAAGUGAGCGAAGAAGAAAAUCAACAUUUACGUAGACGUAAAAGAGAAUUACGUGCAAGAAGAGCAGCAGAACGUAUUCGUGCCGAACAAGAACAAAGAGCAAACUCUCAAAGUCCUUCUUCGAGUGCAUUCAUUCUCAAUAAUCUCGAUUCAUCUUCACCACAAAUACCAACAAAACGUAGACGAUCAUCUGUACCCAAACGAUCAAGAGAAAGAUCAAUGGCAGGCAGCUCAGUCACUUCAACGCCCAACUUGUUUUCCAGCUCAGCACCACCACAAAUCAAUCAAGAAUUCCCUCCCGAGAUGGCUCUUUCAGGCUUGCCUGCUGAAUUGACAAAUACAUUUUCACCCAACUUCCUCAACCUACUCACGCCUCAAUCCAAUGCAACUGUUCCUAACGUCAACUCGAAUAUCGAUUUGGGCGGCAAUAUUGGCGGAAACAACUCAUAUACUUUCCCUUCAACGUCUAUGGCCAUGAACACUUCCGCGUUCGACGUCAACGCUCCCAAUCUUGACUGGGCUUAUGGUGGCUUAUCAUCAAGUGCACCUACUGCUUCGUCAUCAUCGUCAAUGCUCAUGGAUCAAAGGCAAGAACAAGAACAUUUCCAUCAGCUCCAUCAAGCUCAAGACGAUCAAAAAGCACAAACUGCACCGCCACAUUCAAUCUUUGCCCUUGCUGCUUCCAACAACUCUUUUUUAGGCUCAAUGACGGGCACUUUAGAAAUGACAAUACCCGAUUUUAAAGGACCAACACUAGCAAUGUCAAACUUAAGACCGUCAAAUGAAGUACAAGUAAAGACUGAAGUAGAAAAUAAACCUAUGAAUUGUUUUCGGCAGCAAUCCAAGGAAGAUCCACUGAAUCAGGUCGGACAAAAUGAUCCAUUGUUCACGGAUAUGCAAGUUGAGGUAGAAGAUUUCAAUAUGACUUCCAGUCAUAGUUCAAGCAAUGUUUUAGAGCAAGACAUCACAGCUGCUAAGAGACGAUUUUCCAAUUUGACCGAAGAAACACAAGCAAUCUACAGUCUUUGGCCAACGAGUCCAUUUCACCCGGAUCAAAGCAAACGAUCAAGCAUUUAUUCUCCCAAUGAACCUUCAAGUAUGCCCGAAUUAAAGAGAUUCUUAUGCACAACAAAUAAUCCUUUUUCUUUUAAUCCAGUCACACCUUUAGCAAUGAGCGUUAAUUCAAGCGAAAGAAAUUUGUUUAAUUUUACUAACUUUGCUGCUGCUACUUCACCAUCUUCUUUGUAG